AUGAGGUAUUUGAUGAGAGUUAACAUUGCUCAAUCCUUCAUCAGAGUGCAAAUUUAUCUUCAAGAUUUUUGUGAGGUUUGCCCAAAAAAGUUGCCAAACUAUGAAGAGAAAAUCAAAAACUUCUUUGAAGAACAUCUUCAUACUAAUGAAGAGAUCUACUAUUGUGUGGUAGGAAACAGUUAUUUUGAUGUGAGGGACUGUAACGAUGUUUGGAUCCGUGUCUUGGUAAAGAAAGGUGUAAUGAUUAUCUUGCUUGCUGGAAUUUAUCAUCGCUUUACACUUGAUUCGAACAAUUAUUUAAAGAAUUUAAUUUUGUAUGCAAUGUGGCUUUUUAUUAGUGAUCCUAUUUGGACUCUUUUCAACCGUCUUCAUGAUCACCUACCUACAAGGGUCAUAAGGCUUCAGUUUGCCCUCAAAGGGAAGGAAGCCGACUACAACAGCGACUGGCUCAUCCUCAGAGCCAGUCUUUGGGUAGUGGUCGAGUGUCCACCUGUUAUCAAUGCGGACAACCAGGGCAUGUGA